AGCCCCUGUCUGGGCCGCGUGUCUAGUUGAACCCACCCUUUCCGCAUCCUUAUUCUUUUCCUGUCUUCUCUGAGGCGUCUCUACAUUCUCACUACCGACCUGAUUCUUCUGGUCGGGAUCAUUCUUGGGAGUUAGUAUGUUCGGAGCUGGAGCUGCCAGCGAGCCUCAGCAGCCAGUUGAGAACGCAGCAUUUGGUUCUGAACGAGCGUGUCCUCUCCCAAGGACCCUACAGGCUCUGGCGUUGUCGUAGACGCGUGGCUUUCUGGACGUUCCUCUGUCGCCCAGCUUCUCAGAUGAGCCGGACAAAGGGUGAUGAGGAGGAGUAUUGGAACAGCUCCAAGUUCAAGGCUUUCACUUUUGACGAUGAAGAUGAUGAGCUCUCACAGUUAAAGGAAUCCAAACGGGCAGUGAAUAGCCUUCGAGACUUCGUGGAUGACGACGAUGACGAUGACCUGGAGCGAGUCAGCUGGACUGGGGAACCCGUGGGAAGCAUCUCAUGGUCCAUCAAAGAGACUGCUGGGAAUAGCGGGUCAGUCCCUGAGGGGCGUGACCAGCUAAAGGGCCGAAACAGUUUCUACACACAGCUCCCCAAACCUCCAUCCGCCUACUCCCUGAGCAGCUUCUUUAAAGGCAGAACUAGACCUGGGAGUUUCCAGUCCCUGUCUGAUGCUCUGUCAGACACACCUUCCAAAAGUUAUGCUCCAGAACUGGGGAGGCCUAAGGGGGAAUACAGAGACUAUAGCAACGACUGGAGCCCCAGUGAUACAGUGCGACGUCUCCGCAGGGGCAAGGUCUGCUCACUAGAACGGUUCCGCUCCUUACAGGACAAGCUGCAGCUCCUAGAGGAGGCAGUGAGCAUGCACGAUGGAAACGUCAUCACUGCGGUUCUGAUCUUCCUGAAGAGGACCCUGAGCAAAGAGGUCCUCUUCCGAGAACUGGAGGUACGCCAGGUGGCCCUGAGACAUCUCAUUCAUUUCCUUAAAGAAAUAGGGGACCAAAAGCUGCUUUUAGAUCUCUUCAGGUUCCUGGAUAGAACAGAAGAGCUGGCGCUGACGCAUUAUCGAGAGCAUUUAAACAUCCAGGACCCCGAAAAACGAAAAGAAUUUCUUAAGACAUGCAUUGGUUUGCCAUUUUCAGCAGAAGAUUCUCCACACAUACAAGACCAUUACACACUCCUGGAACGCCAGAUCAUCAUUGAGGCAAACGAUCGCCAUCUAGAGUCUGCAGGGCAGACUGAGAUCUUCCGAAAGCACCCCCGCAAAGCCUCCAUUCUCAACAUGCCGCUGGUGACGACGCUUUUCUAUGCCUGCUUCUAUCACUACACUGAGUCCGAGGGGACCUUCAGCAGUCCCAUCAACCUGAAGAAGACAUUCAAGAUCCCAGAUAAGCAGUAUGUGCUGACAGCCUUGGCGGCUCGUGCCAAGCUUCGAGCCUGGAAUGAUGUUGAUGCCCUCUUCACCACAAAGAACUGGUUGGGUUACACCAAGAAGAGAGCACCCAUUGGCUUCCAUCGAGUCGUGGAAAUUUUGCACAAGAACAGUGCCCCUGUCCAGAUACUGCAGGACUAUGUCAAUCUGGUGGAAGAUGUGGACACAAAGUUGAAUUUAGCCACUAAGCUCAAAUGCCAUGAUGUUGUCAUUGAUACCUGCCGAGACCUGAAGGACCGUCAGCAGUUGCUUGCGUACAGGAGCAAAGUUGAUAAAGGAUCUGUUGAGGAAGAGAAAAUCGAUGCCAUUCUCAACAGCUCGCAAAUUCGGUGGAAGAACUAAGUGUCACUUGCUACCCUGAAACCUGCCUCACUUCUCAUUUCUGCCUAUGGAAACAGAGCUUUCUUCUUGGGAGGGUCACAGCAUUCAACCACUUGAGCGUGUCAUUCACAGGCAGUGCCUGCUGCUUUGGGGACAGAAACCAGCAUCUGAGACAUGAUCUUCAGGCUGAUCUGUGUGCACGGGACAGAUCUAAAGGCCAGUAUCUGAGGCUCACAGGAAGGAUGCUCUGCCUCCGGUGCUUACCCAGGUGGGAGCCCAUCCUGGGUAAGAUGUCAGAGAGACAUGACUGCUCCAGAAGGACAUCUGGACUAAGAGCUACAGGUAUCACAGGGUGGUCGUGACAUUCCUCCCAGCCAUUAUGACCAAGGACCUGGUGUUGGACAUUGGCAUUUCUGCUCCACAGGAAGUCAGAACAGAACUAAAUUGGCUCUUCCAGGGCCACAGGAAGGAGUACCAGUAUUGCUCAGGACUUGCUGGAAACCAGAUCAUUUUUCUCAAGCACAGGGCCACACAUCUUAGAACAGACUCUUCCUAGACAUUGGGUAUCUUCAGCCAGCACCCAUCUGCCGUCCCUGUCCACUUUUCGUUCCUAACUUAGGGUCCCAUUCUCAUGUGCACACUGGGCGGUGUGCCAUCUGCUUCACCUGGUCCUCGGCUUCGGCCUCAGUCUUCCAUGGAGUUCAUAUUCACCAGUGCUGGAGCGCUCUUCUUACAGGCAAAAAUCUUUCACAAGACUCCCCUGGGCUACUGUGGCAGCACUUUACUUGGAUAUCUCGAUAGGGGUUUGUUCCCCACUUGGUCUGCUGGGGACUUCAGCCAUGUUCUGCCCUGUGCCUCCUGAACUGGAUUUCCCUGCACUCCUAAUAAAACUGCUGCGGUCUUGGUGCCUCCUCUUCCCCAUCUGUUACUCAGGGUAUGGUGGGUCUUGUGUGCAUCUGUGACCGCCCCAGCUGUCAGCACAUGAUGGAGUGUGACAGUGUCACCGUGAGGCAGGAGACAGAAGGCCUGACUCUCCUCAGCUCUGCUGCUCACAGUCCAGAGCUGGGAAGUCCCUUACUCUGGGAACCCAUCUUCAUCUGUAGAAAAACCGCACUCUGGUCUGCGACUGGAGCGUUCUACAGGCAUGAGGAGUGGGUGAAGUGGUAGGAAAAUCAGCCAUGCACACAGUCUAAGACAGUGUGCUUCUUAGCUGGAGGCAGUUUGGGGCUGCGGGAAAUAUUUAGCAACGUCUGAAGGCGUUUUUUAUUGCCAUACUUAGGUAUAUUGUAGAUAUGCUGUUAUGUGCAGAAAAGGCCCCCAUAGCAAAGGAUUAUCCUGCUUAAAACAUUCGUAACAGCUGUGUUAUACCCUGCUUUAGGGUUGGAGAGAUGGCUCCGUGGGUAAGAGUGCUUGCCACCAAGUCUGGGGAGCUGAAUUUAAUCUUUAGGUCCCACACGGUAGAAGGCAAGAACUGACACCUGUAAGUUGUCUUCUGACCCUCACAUGCUUGCGCGCACACACACACACAUGCGUGCAUACAAAUAUUAAAUAAAAAAUCCUUUUAAAAGGAUCAGUUCCCAGCUUCUGCAUUUAGCAAUUAUCUACAGCUCUAGGUAGCCUCAUCCUUUGUCACUUUCCUGAGUAUCGUUUUUACUCUUGAAGAAAUGAGUUUAAUUACAUCAGACUUCAGUAGAGAAGCAAAACCAGGAGGGGUGCAGAUAGGUUAGAUCUCUCCAACCUCACCACAUACUUCAUUCUAGGGAUUUGGUCCAAGUCAAGACCAAAUUUGGCUACCAGUCUGUAUCAAGUGGUUGCUUUUGUGUCUGGGGAUGGAGUUUGGGUUUUAUAGGGAAAGCAGUGAGGGAGGGAAGGUGGCUGUAAAGUGAGGGGCAGUAGGGAUGAGCUAGAACAGGAGUCACUGUCUGAGUCAGGGCUACAGCUGUGGUGAAAUCUGGACAAUAGUAACCUGGGGAGGAAAAGGUUUAUUCGGCUUACACUUCCUUAUCACCAGUCAUCAAGGAAGUAAGGACAGAAACUCAGACAGGGCAAGAACCAGGAGGCAGGAGCUGAUGCAGAGGCUGUGGAGGGGUGCUGCCUUCUGGCUUGCUCCCCCGUGGCUUGCUCAGUCUACCUUUUUAUAGAACCCAGGACCACCAGCCCAGGAAUGGCACCACUCACAAUGGACUGGGCCCUCCCUCACUAAUCUCUAAUUAAGAAAAUGCGGUACAGGCUUGCCUGCAGCCUGAUCUUAGGAUGAGGGUCUCUCCUAUCAGUUAACUCUAGCUUGUGUCAAGUUGAUUUAAAACUUGCCAGGGCAGUUCCAGAGUGGGACACAUGCUCCAACCUUAGAAUAAUAUCCUGCAGGAGCAGCUGGUUUUUGUCGCAAAGUCAAAAAUGCCCUAGCCCAGGAGUGAGCACUGAAAGAGGAUCCAGGAGCAGGCCGAGCAGUUCCAGCCAGCCAGAGUCAUGAUGCGGCCCUGCAAGCUGAAACGGGAACUGGCUGCCAUUUCAUUCCCACAUUCUAGACUCUUCACAAAAACAUCCCAGAAACACGAAAGAAAGAGGUUCUAAGAUACAUUUCAGUCCAGCCAAGUUCACAUCACAGCUACAACAUGGAGUCCCCAUUUUUGAGGAUGUAAAAAAGAACACCUAGAAUUCAUGUCUGCAGGGUGCUGCAUUGGUCCUGCAGGACUGGCAGGUUUUGAGUUCCUCUUUCCUUUGGAACAGAAAACAGCGCUUGCAAGAGCAGGAUGUGACAUCUACUGUGUCACAUUCCUGUAAGGGGAUAGGAGAAGCCAAUAGAUAGCAACUAAUGAUACAAAUAUAUUAUGUAUACAACACAACAUUCUACAUCCAUGUAUGCCUGCAUGCCAGAGGAGGGUGCCAG